GCGAGGCGCGCGGAUGAGGCGCGCGAGUGACACUUUGCUCUCGCGCAGGCGGUGGCGGUGACGGUACCGGACCCCGGGCACGCGCGGACCUGCUGAACGGUGACCCCGCCUUUUCAAGCCGGCACACAGGACUAUGAGGGUGGCAGCAAUCUCCACUCUACACAGCUUGAAUCUGGGCAGAUAGGACAUAAGAAGGCGAUAUGAGGACUCUGACAGUGUUCCUGCUCUGGGUUUGGGUGGCACAUGUCACGGGCGCCAUGACGCUGUUACGAGGAAGGGAAGUCUCACGGCAAGAAAGGAACAUGGAGAUUCUAAAGCGUUCCAAAAGAGGAUGGAUGUGGAAGCAGUUCUUCUUGCAGGAGGAGUACACCGGGACUGACUACCAGUACAUCGGAAAGCUUCACUCCGAUGUGGAUCGAGGAGACGGCACGGUGAUGUAUGUGCUGACGGGCGAAGGCGCAGGGACUGUCUUUGUGAUAGACGCAAACUCGGGCGAUCUUCACGCCACGCGGAGCCUGGACCGCGAGGAGAAACCGUCCUACACGCUCCGAGCUCAAGCCGUCAACAAGAAGAACGGCCAGCCUUUAGAACCCGAGACGGAGUUCAUCGUCAAACUCCACGACAUCAAUGACAACGAGCCUAAGUUCGAGAAGGAGGUUUACACGGCUAGCGUCCCCGAACAGUCACACAUCGGAACUUCGGUUAUUCAGGUGACGGCCCAUGACGCAGAUGACGAGAUGUUCGGCUUGAGUGCCAAACUGAUGUACAGCAUCAGCCAGGGCCACCCGUACUUCUCUGUCGAGUCAAAUACAGGCAUAAUCCGGACAGCCUUAGGGCCCUCGGACAUGGACAGAGAGCAGAGGGAACAUUACCAGGUAGUGAUCGAAGCCAAGGACAUGGCAGGCCAGAGAGGCGGCUUAACGGGCUCCACUAUAGUCAACAUCACGCUGACCGAUGUGAACGACAAUCCUCCUCAGUUUGCACAGGGUGUGUAUCAGUUCAGCAUUCCUGAGCUGAGCGAGCCCGGCACCGAGGUGGGUCAGGUUCGAGCCUUAGACGCAGACAUCGGUAGGAACGCAGAGAUGGACUACACGCUGGUGAGCGGAGACGGCAUGGACGUUUUCUCGAUAACGGCUAACAAAACCACCCAGAACGGCAUCCUCAGCGUCAGAAAGCCUUUGGAUUACGAGAGAAAGAAGUCAUACACGCUGCAGGUGCAGGUGCGCAACACGUACCCAGACCAGCGCUUCAUCAGCGUGGACGCUAAAGACACGGCUACGGUGCGGAUAAACGUGGAGGACGUAGACGAGCCUCCGAGAUUCGAGCGUCCCAGUUACGUGAUGGAAGUGAAGGAGGACGCAGCCGUGGGCACCGCCGUCGGGUCGGUCAGCGCCGUGGAUCAGGACGCGCGACGCAACCCGGUCAAGUACACAAUUGAUCGGCACACAGACGUGGACCGGAUAUUUAACGUGCACGCUGGAAACGGCUCUAUAUUCCUGCAGAAGCCUCUUGACCGAGAAGACCUUGCAUGGCACAAUAUUUCUGUGAUCGCAGCCGAGUUCAAUAACCCCCAGCAGACGAGUCGAGUGCCCGUGUACAUCCGUGUGUUGGAUGUGAACGAUAACCCACCGGCGCUCGCCUCCUUCUACGAGACCUUUGUGUGCGAAAACGCCAAAUCCGGCCAGAAAAUCCAGACCAUAACGGCGGUGGAUCGGGACGAGCCGUCUGGUGGACAUCGCUUCUUCUUCACGCUUGCACCGGAAAGCUCUGCGAAAGCCAACUUCUCGGUGCGAGACAACGGAGACAACACCGCAGGCAUCUACACACGACGGACUGGAUUCCGGCAGCCGCAGAAAAACAUGCACCUGGUCGCCGUGGUGAUUUCGGACGGCGGGUUCCCUAUGAUGAGCAGCACGGGGACGCUGACGGUGCGAGUGUGUACCUGCGACCGAGACGGAAACAUGGAGAGGUGCAGCGCUGAGGCUCUGAGCGGGACAGCCGGACUCAGCACCGGAGCGCUCGUGGCUAUUCUACUCUGUGUUCUCAUCCUGCUCCUAAUCGUUGUGCUGUUUGCCGCUCUGAAGCGCCAGAAGAAGAAGGAACCCCUGAUUAUCUCCAAAGAGGACGUGAGGGACAACGUGGUGAGUUAUAACGAUGAGGGUGGCGGCGAGGAGGACACGCAGGCCUUCGACAUCGGAGCGCUGCGCCACCCGGAGGUCAUGGAGGAAAGCAGUAAACUGAGACGUGACGUGGUUCCGUCCGAACCCCCGUACCCUCCACCUUCUCUGCUCCGGACAGCCGUGACAUCACGAGACAACUCGGACGUGAGGAACUUUAUCACGCAGCGCGUUCAGGAGCACGACAGCAGUCCCACAGCGCCGCCCUACGACUCUCUCGCCACCUACGCCUACGAGGGCGAAGGCUCAGUCGCCGAAUCGCUUAGCUCCCUCGGCUCAGGAUCGUCCGAAUCGCCUCACGAUUACAGCUACCUAAACGAGUGGGGGCCGCGCUUCCGAAAGCUUGCCGACAUGUACGGGGCCGACGAGAGCGAAUGGGACUCGUAACACGCCUCGGCUUCCUUACCGCGGAAUUCUCACGCCGCCUUGUAUUCCUUACAAAGUGGAAUUCUAACAAAGUGCCCUUCUCCUCUGCCCCCCAAACUCCAUCCAGCACAUCGGAUGCUGAUUUUAUUUUUGCUUUUUUUGCGCAAAGCCAGACGCAGUAACACACGGCGUCGACUUUAGGAUGAAGGUCGUCAUGGUGACACUUUGUUUCCGGAUAAUCCGGCGUGAGAACAGACGUCACGGAAUCAGGAAGGACUCGGAAUACGGAUAAUUUCUGAUAAAACUCCUUCUUAAGCAGCGGUUCACGGCGGACCUUAAACUCUUCUGUGGAACGUGGAGUUCACACUGCGACGCCGUCCACGUCAGCGAGCGUUAACGAUCCGGAGCUCUGAUCGGCUCAACGUCAAUCAUCUGUAUACUUGAUUUUUGUUGUUUUAGUUUCAGUAUAACUUCUGAUGUACAGUAAUCCGUCAGUGUUUUCCGAGCAGACGCGGCGCUUCAGAAAUUCGGGUCGGGUGAAAGAUGUUUUCGUGACUGCCAACCGUUUUCAUCGUCUACUCGAGAAUACAGCAGAAGCUUCCAAUUAUCUACUCGCUCAUAGGCAGGAAAUGUGACUCGCAUAUCUUUUGGCACGCGUCUCGAACUACAUCCCACCAUCUCACAUUCCUCUUACUCGAGAAGCCUAUUUACAAAAAAAUCACCUUGCCCUAAACACGGAAAAAAAGACGCGUUCGUUUCCAAGAGCAGCGCGUCCUAUAUUUUAUACGAAGAAGAAUUGACAGAAAUAUUAAUCCUUUUUCCAGAUCUAUGGAUUUGAGUAUUCCUAAAAACCACAUUCCUGUACUGUACUGUUCCUUCUCCUUUUCACUGCUGUUUUUGUUAAACAGCAGUGAACCC